UGCAGUUUGAAGAAACCCUGUAAAAAUCAUGGAAAAUUGAAUAUCUAAUAUAAGUUGAAAUGGAUGAAUACAUUCAUGAAUAUGAAUAUACACUGGUUCCAACUUUUGAUAUGGAUGAGUAUGACCCUGAAGAAGAUGGUUAUUUUGAAUAUUUGCCAGAGGAUAAAAUGGGUAUGACAGUGACCUCUGGAGUGGUCACACUACAGAAGGACUCCCAGAACUUGAUAGGUAUCAGUAUUGGAGGAGGGGCACCUCUCUGUCCCUGUCUAUAUGUGGUGCAGAUCUUUGAUAACACUCCUGCUGCCAAGGAUGGAACCUUAGCUUCUGGGGAUGAGAUUGUGGCAGUCAAUGGACAGACAGCCAAAGGUCGUACCAAAGUUGAAGUGGCCAAAAUGAUACAAUCUAUUAAAGGUGAAGUGUCCAUAACUUAUAACAAGCUACAUGCUGAUCCCAAACAAGGCAAAUCUCUAGAUAUUGUGUUGAAGAAGGUAAAACAUAGAGUUGUGGAGAAUAUGAGCUCCAACACAGCAGAUGCUUUGGGGCUUAGCAGAGCUAUUUUGUGCAAUGAUGGUUUGGUUAAGAAACUUGAAGAACUGGAGAAAGUUGCAGACACAUACAAGGGGUUGAUAGACCACACCAAAAAACUCCUGAAAGCUACCUUUGAGCUCUCUCAAUCACAUAAAGCAUUUGGAGAGGUCUUUGGGUCUAUAGGUGUGAGGGAACCACAGCCAGCAGCCAGUGAAGCUUUCACAAGGUUUGGAGAAGCACACAGAAAUAUGGAGAGAUUUGCAAUAAAAAUGUUGAAGAAAGUCAAACCUAUGAUCAGUGAUCUUAACACAUACCUGAACAAGGCAGUUCCAGACACAAGACUUACUAUUAAAAAAUAUCUAGAUGUCAAGUUUGAAUAUUUGGCAUACUGUCUGAAAGUGAAGGAGAUGGACGAUGAGGAAUACAGCUACGCUGCCCUUCAGGAACCCCUUUAUCGAGUAGAAACCGGAAACUAUGAGUACAGACUAGUCCUGAGAUGUAGACAAGAUGCUAGGGUCCGAUUUGCCAAGAUGAGAUCUGAUGUUUUAGUGAAGAUUGAACUGCUAGAUCAAAAACAUGUGCAAGAUAUUGUGUUCCAGUUACAAAGGUUUGUGUCUGCCAUGGCUAAAUACCACAAUGACUGCCAUACAGUGAUGAAGGAGGCAGUAGUGUUUCCAAUUGAAGUGGAUCUGUCGCGGGGCACCUUUACCUAUGAUACCAGUAGUCAGUUUAAUGAUGGCGAAGAUGACGAGGAAGAGGAAGAAGGUGAGGAGGUGACAGAACCAAGUGAGGGUCAAACAGGGGACCUAAUAAGUACAGACUGAAACAAAAGGAAGAGGUCAUAGAAAAUGAAGCCAGAAACAAAUAGAUUAUAACAGGAUGGACUGAGAAAGGACAAAUUUGUUUUGAUACAAGUUCCUUUUUUUGCAAUAUUCCAUUGAAGAGUAGAAAAUUCACCUGUGCAUGGCAAGAACAGUCAACUACAGCAAAAGCAUUUGUAUUUUUGAUCUGUUACAAACUUAUCAUUUAAUGGCAAUUAAAAUGCAAAAUAUUUUCCACGUCAAAGCUGUCAGUGAAACAAUAACAGGGAAAAUUGUCCGUGAUCUACUGUAUACAACAUGUAUCAAGGAUCUCUCUCCAUCAUUGUAACAAGCUUUUUUGCUCAUUGAAAAACUUAUGCAUGAUCAUUUUCACAUGUUAGGUCCGCAACAUUUCCAAUAUUAUUGUUACCUUUAAACUUUCUUGAGAGAAAACAUUUGAUCUGAUCAUUCCAAAGGCAUUCCCAAUAAAUGUGAUGAUAUAUUUUCUACAUUAUUUUUAAAUCUCUUAUCAUUAAUUGUUGUGUUUUUUAAAAUGUUUUUACUUGUGUACUAUAUUUUGAAUCUCUCUUUUUGUUGAAGAAAUCCAAUUUUUCUUUCAGAUGAUACAGAUUUUGUUUAUUAUUUAAUGUUGUUAUUUAUAGAAUUUGUUGUGGAAUAAAGGAAAAAGACUUUGA